AUGGGGGCCCGCCACGCCCAGGGUUUGCUGCUGCUCUUUCUCCUCAGAGCCUCCUCCACUCUGGCGCAGCAUCUGUACUGUCACAAGGGCAUAUCCAUGAGCCUGGAGGAGGACCCAAGCGCAUUCAACUGGACCACGGAGAGAGUUGAGACUUGUGACAAUGGGGCGCUGUGCCAGGAAUCCCUGAUGAUGGUCAAAUCCGGGGCCAAGACGGCACUUCUGGCCACGAAGGGCUGCAACUCCGAUGGGAUACCCGCCAUAACGUUGGUCCAGCACUCCCCACCGCCCGGCAUAAUGGUGGUCUCCUACAGCAGCUACUGUGAGCACUCCUUCUGCAACAACAGAGAGAACAUCCCUGAGAUAUGGAGUCCAGCGGUGAUCCCAGCUCCCAAUAUGUCAGCAACCUUCCACUGUCCAACCUGUUUAGCUCUUGGGGCCUGUUCAAGUGUGCCUUUUCUUCCCUGUCCCAUUGAUACAACUCGAUGCUAUCAAGGAAAACUUCGGGUUGCUGGAGGAGACAUUGACUCAACUUUGGAGGUCAAAGGCUGCACAUCUGUACCUCAUUGUGGGCUGAUGUCUGGGAUAUUCACAAUUGGACCCAUGUGGGUAAAGGAAAUGUGUCCAUACCAAUCUCUCAUUCAAUCCCGAAAGGUUGGAAAUGGGGCCACCACUUGGCUUUCCAUUUCAGUUGGGAGGUUUGGACUAUUGCUGCUGCUAUUGCUAUAAUCACUCAACAGUGUUCCUGUGGAGACAUCUGUCUCAAGUCACAGAACAUCUCUUUGGACUGGGAGCCUCCUACUGCUGGUCAUGAGU